AGCCGUCAGCGCGUCUGACCCCCGCGGCUCCAAUGUCAGCGUGAAAGACACACCAUCGUCCGCGGAGCCGCCGUCGACGUCCUCGCAUAGCUGCUCAGUUAAUGAUCUGCCCACGCCACGAUGCACCGCUCUGCUCUGAACAAUCACAAUAAUGUUUCCGCUUGCUUGUCAUCACUGCCUUCUCCUUGACUGCUGGAUGGCGCCGCUGCAGCUGAUGUUUAAGUUUUGACCGUCUUCUUCCGCGUCUUCUCACAGUGCGCGAGUUGAGGUGUGAUUUUUUUUCUCCUCCUUUCUUCACUUGGGAAGGUGAUCCUUUCGUGGCCACACGCAGUAUGCGAGCAGAGGUGGAGGUUGGCGGACACUGGGACUGAGUUGGCGGAGAUCUCGCUGGAGGCUCUGUGCGCGUCUUUCUUCCUGUUUUUUUGUUUUGUUUUCUUGGACACCUUCGGAGAUCGGAACUGUUUGGGGUUUUUAAUUUUUAAUUUUGGAAGGGGGGAAGGCUCUUUAGCCUGCGCUCUUUCCCUUGGCACUGCGAUGUCCACGAGAAAGGCAUCGUUGACGGAGAAGCAGGCAAAAAACGGCACAUCAAAAUAUGUCUUGGAGAGAUGCGCUUCUAUUAACGAGUAUUACGAUAUUGCCUUCAAGGUGAUGUUGCUGGGAGAUUCGGCCGUGGGGAAGACAUGCCUCUUGGUGCGCUUCAAAGAUGGGGCAUUUCUGGGAGGCAACUUUAUAGCCACCGUUGGAAUAGACUUUAGGAAUAAAGUGGUGGAUGUCGACAACCUGAAAGUCAAGUUACAGAUCUGGGAUACAGCCGGCCAAGAGAGAUUCCGCAGUGUAACGCACGCCUACUACAGAGAUGCCCAAGCGUUACUCCUGCUUUAUGAUAUCACCAGCAAGCCAUCAUUUGACAACAUCAGGGCUUGGCUGACUGAAAUACACGAGCAUGCCCAGAAGGAUGUGGUCAUCAUGUUGCUCGGCAACAAGUCAGACAUGGCUGCAGAGAGGGUCGUGAAGACGGAGGACGGAGAGAAGCUGGCCAAGGAAUACGGAGUACCAUUUAUGGAGACCAGUGCCAAGACCGGAGUCAAUGUGGACCUGGCUUUUCAAGCUAUAGGAAAGGAGCUGAAGCACAGAGCGACGCAGCAGCCAAAUGAGCCCAAGUUCCAGAUACACGACUACAUCGAGUCUCAGAAGCACAAGACUGGCUGCUGUGGCCCGUAGCUGAUGCUGAUAAUCUGGCAGAGAGAGACACAUACAGAUAGAGAAACGUGGAGGGAGGGAAAGUUUAAAAAAAAAAAAGAAAAAAAAAAGGCUGGUCUCUCUUAUGAAAGCCAAUCCCUGCACCAAAACCUGAGAAGCAGACGUCCUCGUCUUCGCUCCACCGAGCUUUCGGCUGAAUGAAAGUGAAUGUGGAUUGGCUGCCAUCCCCUAUUUGAAAUGUGAAUUUCUACCUUUUAUGUCACGUGUAGAGAUAUUUGUGGGGUUUUUUGUGGUGACAGUUGUAUCAAAGCUACCAGUCAGGAGUUGCAGACUGAAAUGCUAUAUCCAUCUGCAGGGAUGGGAAGAAUGAACAGGUUAAACAACCGCUGGUGCCGGCGAUUGCCAGCGUGGAUAUAGCAUUUCAUUGUUGCGCAACUCUGAGUUUGUUUAAUCCCAGUUAUAUCAGGCUGUGAACAGAAUCCUUUUUUGGCCUUACAGUCUUUUAAAUCUUUAAGUGAGUCUGAGUCUCACGAUGAGAUUGUAGCUAAAAUGAUCCCAUCUGUUCACAUCUGUACUGCUGUUAGAUAGAAUAAAGCCAACGUUUGGAGGGCGUUUACCCACUCUGUGUCUGUCUGUACAUUCAAUUCAGGGCCAGUGACACGCCAUCCCGAGUACUGUAUGUGUAACUAUAGACAGUGGGAUUAUUUCCACUGUUCCCUCCACAUGCACCACUCACACACAGCAACAGCACAGCACUCCCUCUCACACAGCCAUUGUCGUGUCCCCUUCGGUGGUGGAUGUCGGUGUGUGUAGCCUGUAGCAAAGCUGUAUUUGUGCAUCACUUUUCUUUGUACGCUGUUCUUUGCUCAUUAUGAACGUUUGCUCGUCAGACUUGCUCUGUGUCACAUUUGUCCUCUCUUGAGAGGUUGUCACGGUGAUCACAAAGUGCCAUGAAAAAGUGCUUUGUUGUCAUACGAUCUAUACAAAAAAUAUAUAUAUAUAUUUUGUAAUGUACGUGCUGCUGCUUUAUUGAAGUCUGGCUCGUCUGCGUUUCUGUGUGUGUGUCUGUGUGUCUGUGUGUGUGUGUGCUUGAGUGGGAGUCGCUGACAAACGGCAAGAUGUGCUGCAGUUAAUGAGCCACUGUGUGGCAGCAGCUGCCCUGUUUAUUCUCCAACAUGCACAGCUAGAGAAAAUAAAGUGUUUUAUCAAUCAGAUAGAUAACUGUACACAUGUUAACAACUGUGGAUUUGUGAGUGUGUUUUAUGAUGUUACUGUAAGCAAGCUUUUUGCGAAAGGAUGCUCAGGAUCUGUGUGGUUGCACAGGUUAGAUGGACUAGUGCACUGGGGUGAUGUGAGAAGACAUGAAAUACUUAAGAACACAGUCGUGAUUCACUGUACACCUGAAGGCGGCUCACAUCCAUCUACAGUAUGACUCACUUAGCAGACCCACUGAGGCUUUCUGUCCUUUCCUGUGGAAAAAAAAGUGCAUUAUUUGAGCGACUUUCCAUCACCAACUUGAACCCACUGCUGCACGUGGUCAGCAUACUGCUGAGAGCUUCUGCGUCUGUCCUCUUAUCAGGGCUGGCAGCAUUCUCAGCUAAGAAGUCAAAUCCUGCCCGAGGUUUUAGCCGAGCAGCUUCCUGUCAGGAUCUAUUUUCACUGCCAUGUCACUCAUAUCUCUGAGAUGAGUUUGGGGUGACAGUGGAGUUGAAAACUGAUGCUGAUUAUUGUUGACAGAUGAUCGCAUAGCCAGAAGUGAAUCUUUUGUUGGAGUUUAGGAGUACUGAAAGUCGAUGCAGGGCUCCUAAAAUGCCCAGUUUGUUCACAUUGAUCAUUUAAAUCACGGUCAUCUCCAGCUUCACCUGUUUUCACUGGACUCCACUCGGGUACUUUAGCACGACUUAACUUUCUUUUGAUUGGUUGCCCCUCGCAAACAGCAGGUGGGUGGGGCAUCUGUGCUCACAGACAGAGCAGUGUGCAUGAGAUGACCAUAUGGAGUACAUUCACUCUCUUUGACGUCAUACAGAGACAAAAGCAGGAAACAAAAUAUUUGAAGCUGAGCAUUUAGAGCAAUCUUUGCUCUCUAGGACUAUCUGCACAUAUGCAGACUUCAUUAUUUGAGUCUGCCAAAGGAAAGUCCCCUUAAGUCCGAUCUGGUGAGUCAAAAAGUCAUAACUAGGUCUUGUCUGGUUACUAAUUUGAGGUCGCAAGUCUUUAUCAACCCCCCAAACACUCUCAUUAAAAACAGUAUACAGUAUCCUGCAGGGACAUCAAACUCAGUGUGGGCCACACACAGCCCACUUUGAUGUUAAGUGGGUCAGACCAGUAAAACUCCCUCUACAUCAAUGUAAAGAAGUUUAACUGAACAUUUAAUAACUGAAAUAUC